GGGCCCCUGCCUUGCAUUCUUCUAUGUGAGAGAUUCAGGGAGAAGCUGCAGCCAUCUGUCCUCUUAGACACUUCCUUUAUGUACUCUGCAAUGGUAAAACUGGCUGCUGCAGUGGUCAUUCAGGCUCUUUUUUUCCCCAGUCAUUAUCCAGCAUGAGUUGCAGCAGUUUGAAUCUUUCUCCAACCCACUCAUUGCAUGUGUUGACUGUGGAGCUAGAGAGCCUGAUCCUAAAGCUGAGAGAUCUUCCAACUGAUCCAUCCCUAUUCUUACUUCUUUAUAAGGGAAAUGUUGCCUUUAGUAAAAGAAGAAAUUCUGUGAAAAAUACACUAGGUACGUUUACUGCUCAUGUUUCUCUGCUAGCUUUUGUUAACAGUUUCAGGGAAGCUGUCUCUGAGUACGGAAGGGUUUCAGGAGGCAGGCCAGACCUCCAAAGGCACCGGCUAGAACGCUUUGUGCACCCCUUCGCUCACAGCUGUGGUCCCAACAAAGCUGCAGUCCUCAGUGGCAUUGCACUGUAUCACGUUAUAUUUGCAGUCCUUCUGGAAUGCUUUUUUUCCAUAUACUUUAUCCAGAGUUUGGUCAUAUAUUAUCUGCCUGACAACUCGACACCUAUAAAAAUUUAUGAAUUUGUAUUAAAACCAAUACUUGAUUAUGUCAGUGUUUAUGAGGCUUCCCAUGAGCCCUAUAUUCUUCAGUUGAAUCUAGCUAUAACCCCUCAUAAUAAUAAUAAAACAGGCCAUAUUUCACCAUUUCUCUGUUAACAUGACUCACUGCUAGCAAUUACAGUAGCUACCAGCUCAUACUUUUGUUGAUUUUAGGGAUUUGCUGCCUUGUAAGGGUCUUUGCUGAUCUAAACACACAUAGACAUAUAUUCAGUGGCCCUCCUUAGCUGGGCUAGAAAUA